CCCGUACCAGUGGUCUAGAGGCGAAUGCACCAAACCGGCUUUAGGGAUGUAGUCGACGCGGUUUCGAGCUCAGCCCACCCGAGCUCAUCACCAUGAAGAAGCACUCCGCAAGGGUCGCCCCGCUGUCCGCCUGCAACAGUCCGGUGCUCACCCUCACCAAAGUGGAAGGAGAAGAGCGCCCUCGGGAGAAUGUGGUGGGCACUACAGAUGUGCAGUCAGCGGCAGGUGCGGUAGGAGCAGAGUCCAGCACCAACAAGAGGAGGCUGCGCUGCUGCAUCAGAGUGACCACGGUGCAGGUGCAGAAGGCAUUAUGGGGGGUCGCCAUGGUGAUGUGUGUGUGCUCGUCCUGGGCAGGUUUCACGCAGAUCUCCAAACUUGCUUUCAAACAGUUCGACGCCCCGUUCACACUCACCUGGUUCGCUACCACCUGGAACUGCCUUUUCUUCCCCCUGUACUACAUCGGACACAUGUGCAAGAGUCCAGAGAGGCAGACACCGCGGCAGAGAUUCAGGGAGUGCAGCAGAUUUUUUGGGGACGACGGCCUCACCCCAAAAGUGUUCUUCACUAAAGUGGCUCCGUUCGGCCUUCUGUGGAUCCUCACCAACUACCUGUACCUGCAGGCGCUCAGGAAGAUCAACUCAACAGAUGUGUCUGUGCUCUUCUGUUGUAACAAGGCCUUCGUCUUCCUCCUCUCAUGGAUAGUGCUCCGAGACCGCUUCAUGGGGGUCAGGAUAGUAGCUGCUAUCUUGGCUAUAGCAGGCAUUGUAAUGAUGACCUACGCUGAUGGAUUUCACAGCCACUCUGUCAUAGGCAUCACUUUGGUCGUGUCCUCCGCUUCGCUGUCAGCACUCUACAAGGUUCUCUUCAAGAUGGUCCUGGGCAGUGCCAAAUUUGGAGAAGCUGCUCUUUUCCUGAGUAUAGUCGGGAGUGCCAACUUUGUGUUCCUCAGCUUUGUACCGGCCAUCCUGUAUUUCACACACGUGGAGUACAUCGCCUCAUUGGCAGAUAUUCCCUGGGCAUAUUUCUGUGGGGUAUCGGCACUACUUUUUGCUUUUAGCAUCCUGGUCAACUUUGGCAUUGCAAUUACUUAUCCAACCCUUAUUUCCCUGGGCAUUGUUCUCAGCGUUCCUGUGAAUGCCAUGGUGGACUUAUACACAUGUGAAAUUAACUUCAACACAGUUCGCCUCAUUGCAGUCUCCAUCAUUUGCCUGGGCUUUCUCAUGCUUCUGCUUCCUGAAGACUGGGACCAGUGCAUCAUCCAGCUUAGCACCAAGCUACGAAAACGCGACGAACCAGCAGAUGGCAGUGGCGAGUUAGGAACUGGAAUUACUUGGAGAACUCGAGCCAGGACGUCUAUGUCAACAUUUGCACAUUGACU